UUCGAGAGCCGCGGGAAGCGGGACACACCCUCCCCUUAGCCCGCCCCCCCACCCGGCGGCGCGGCCCCGGCGCUGGGAGGCGGGGGCCGGUGGGAGGCGCGGGGCGGGCUGCGCGCCGCGAGAGCGCCUGCUGCCGGCGGCUGACGAUGGCCGGCUGAGUCGCGCGGCAGCCCGCGCCCGGGCAGGAUGAUGCUCCUGAGGGGCCCCUGGCCGCGGCGCCCGCGGCUGCCGCCGACACCCAGACCCGCGGGCCGAGUGCAUCCGCCGCCGCGAACGCCGACGCCUCAGGUUUUGUGUGUGAAGCUGUGUGGAAAUCUGAAAUACAGUCAAUCACAUCUUUAUAGUACAGUGGUGCCCCCUGAUGAAAUAACCGUUAAUUAUAGACAUGGCCUUCCCUUGAUAACCCUUACUUUGCCAUCCAGAAAAGAGCGUUGUCAAUUUGUGGUCAAACCAAUGUUAUCAACAGUUGGUUCAUUUCUUCGGGACCUACAAAAUGAAGAUAAAGGUGUCAAAACUGCAGCCAUCUUGACAGCAGAUGGCCGUGAAAUUCCAGCUACCACUUUAAUGGAAAUUUUGCUAAUGAAUGAUUUUAAACUUGUCAUUAACAAAAUAACAUAUGAUGUUCAGUGCCCUAAGAAAGAAAAACUGAGUAUGGAGCAUGCCACCGACAUGGAAAAUGUGAAAUCCUUGGUUCACAGACUGUUUACAGCUUUGCAUUUAGAAGAGUUUCAGAAAAAGAGAGAGCACCAUUUACUGGAGAAAAUUGACGACCUGAGGGGACAGCUGCAGCCUCUUGAACAGAUAAAGGCUGGAAUCGAAGCUCGCUCAGAAGCCAAAACCAGUGGACUUUUGUGGGCUGGAUUAGCAUUGCUAUCCGUUCAGGGCGGGGCGUUGGCCUGGCUCACUUGGUGGGUGUACUCCUGGGAUAUUAUGGAACCAGUGACAUACUUCAUCACAUUUGCAAAUUCCAUGGUCUUUUUUGCAUACUUUAUAGUCACUCGACAGGAUUAUACUUACUCAGCUGUUAAGAGUAGGCAAUUUCUUCACUUCUUCCAUAAGAAAUCAAAGCAACAGCAUUUUGAUGUGGUGCAGUACAACAAGUUAAAAGAAGAUCUUGCUAAGGCUACGGAAUCCCUGAAACAGGUGCGCCACUCCUGUUUGCGAAUGCAAGGAGAGAAAGUCAGUGAAAAGAAUUAAUCUUACAUUUCUAAAUGUUAUUAAAUUUUUCCAGUAUGUGUUGAUUCUGCAACUUAGAAACUGGAACUUUUAGUCCCUUAGUUCCUUUGGAUUUGAUCGUUUCAAUCUCUUUUGUUAAUUAAAAAAAAAUGUGAACAUAGGUAUUCUUUGAAGUUCUCACUUGAGAUUUUUAGUCUGUGGAUUCGCGUGACUUGUCCGGGAUUAAUGUGGGGAGGAGCUUGGACGCGCCCAUCAGAGUCCGAGCAGCUGCCGCUGUAGUCAGGUACUUGAGCUAAGAGUCCUUGUCCGUCUGGGUUGUGUUCAUUCUCCUGCAGAGGAGUGGUCUGUGUGGCAUUCGCUUUCCUUCUUAGGCUUCCUUUAGAAUCGUCAUGUCAUUAAUUUAUUUUUAAAUACAUCAUAAUAAUUGGAAGAUCUUUAUCAUUAAAUAUAGUUUAUGUUAUCUGAAAUGUUUCAUCUGAACUAAUAUUUACUUAGAUCCUACUCAUAUGUUUCAUACUAGCUAUGUAUGCUGACUGGUGUGAGGUAAUACCUCAUUAUUGGUUUUGAUUUGCAUCUCCCUGAUAAGUGACGUUGAGCAUCUUUUUCAUGUGCCUAUUGGCCAUUUGUAGGACUUCUUUGGAAAAAUGUCUAUUCAGGUCCUGUGUCCAUUUUGUACUCAGAUUGGGGUUUUGUGUGUAUGUGUGUGUUGAAUUGAAUGAGUUCUUAAAUAGUUUCAAUAUUAAUUUCAAUAUUAA